AUGCCUCCGGGCCCUGUUUUGAAUUCCCUCCACGGGUCCGCCAACAGGGAGAGCAAGCUAGAAAGCACCUGCGGCCCCAGCGUCGCUGCCCAACUCGAUGGGCGUGCGGAUCGUGGAGCAAAUCAUACAAUGCGAGCAGUGAGCAAAGCAUCAAUGGGAAGUUCCAUUAACUGCGAUCCCAGGGACAGAGACCUACCGUUGCCACCAAUCCCAGCGCUGCCCAAAAGUUAUUCCAUUGGAAACAAGAUGAUCCAAAGCCGACCUGAUAGGGCACAAAUUCGGCCGAAAACACCGACUUCGUCUAGCACUUCGACGCCUCCGAAAGCUGCACGGGGAAUGGAGGUGCCAAAAAAUCUGAACUCGGCCGCGAGCCAUACAAACGAGAAACCGGAUGUACCGGUAAACCGUCGCCCAAGGGCUGCAAUCCAAAACUGCUACGUGACAGCUAAAUACUCAUCCGCACCUGCGAUGAUCACGGAACCGUUAAUAGACUUGACGCCUCCACGUCAGAUGCAAUUAUCGGUUACUGCAUGUCCUGCAUUAGCGCCUUCUGGGAUAUCGUCACUCGCAACGAAUGAAAAGGAGGAAAACGUGACACUGGUCCUCCAGGCUCAACCACAGCAAUACUGGCUUGGCCGCCUAUCAACCCUCGUAAACAGCCUCCAGUAUGAAGAUGCCUUUGACGAACCGGAUCCCAUGAUCACGCAUCGUGCCCCAUCGAGGACAAAGCUCCUCAAGUCUUGCGGGAUAGAGAGCAUUGAAGAAUUCAACAUUAAGCGCGCGUUUGCAGCCCUGGAAAAAGCAUGCAUGACCUCAGAAGCAACAAAGAGCCUCCAUAGGUUUAAAGAUGAAUAUGAACGCAGAUACACCAAGUCUGGAGUCCCAAGACCGGCGAAAGGAGGUAACAAAGCUGGCCUUGCGGAUGGCCGACAGACGGUGGUUCGAGUUGGGAUGAAAGCAGCGGGAGGGGCCAAAGGUAAAUAG